AGAAAGAGAUCAUAGAGAGAUUGAUAGAGAUUGAGAGAGAUCAGAGAGAGAGAAAGAGAGAUCAGAGAGAGAGAGAUUGAGAGAUCUGAUCACUGUGCGGUUUGAUGAAAUAGUAGUACAUUCGAAUCCAAAGACAGUACAGAAGAGGAAAGAAAUUCUCAUAUUUCAUGUCAUUCUCAAGAAUCUGAGCUCGAUCCGAUUCUCUUUUAAGGCAUUUGAAUUGAUUAGAAAAAAACAAAUGGAAGAUUCUUCUGUGUACACUCACAGUUCGGCUCAUCUAGCUGUGUUAAACCGUGAUCAUGAUGCUUUAAGAAAAAUCAUCUUAAACCUUCCUCAUCUUGCAAAGGCUGGUGAGGUAAAAACAGAGGAAGAAUCACUUGCUGCUGAGAUCAAAGCUGAUGAAGUAUGUUCAGUUAUUGAUCGACGAGAUGUUCCAGGCCGUGAAACGCCUCUACAUCUUGCAGUUCGUUUGCGUGAUCCAGUUUCAACUGAGAUUUUAAUGUCAGCAGGUGCUGAUUGGAGUCUUCAAAAUGAAAACGGUUGGAGUGCGUUACAGGAAGCUGUUUGUACACGAGAAGAGAAUAUUGCUAAGAUUAUUGCUCGCCACUAUCAACCUUUAGCGUGGGCUAAAUGGUGUCGUCGUCUUCCUAGAAUUGUGGCUACUGCUUCUCGAAUACGUGAUUUCUAUAUGGAGAUAACUUUUCAUUUUGAGAGUUCUGUAAUUCCCUUUAUUAGUCGAAUUGCGCCAUCUGAUACUUAUAGAAUUUGGAAACGUGGAUCGAAUCUUCGUGCUGAUAUGACUCUAGCUGGAUUUGAUGGUUUUCGUAUACAGCGAUCUGAUCAAACUUUCCUUUUUCUAGGAGGUGGUUUUUCCUCUGCUGAUGGAAAAGUAACUUUACCACCUGGUGCUUUGCUUGUGUUAGCCCAUAAGGAGAAAGAGGUCACAAAUGCUUUAGAGGGAGCUGGUAAUCAACCUACGGAAUCUGAAGUCAUUCAUGAAGUGGCUUUAAUGUCGCAUACGAAUAUGUACAGGCCCGGGAUUGAUGUAACUCAGGCUGAACUAGUGCCUCAUUUAAACUGGAGGCGACAGGAUAGAACUGAGACAGUUGGGAAUUGGAAAGCCAAAGUGUAUGAUAUGUUGAAUGUGAUGGUGAGUGUGAAAUCGAGGCGAGUUCCUGGUGCCAUUACUGAUGAAGAGUUAUUUUCCGCAGCAAAUGGGAAGGAAAAGAUAGUAAAUGGAGAUGGAGUUGGUGGUGAAUAUGGUGAUCUAUUGACGGAUGAAGAAAGAAAACAGCUUGAUUCUGCCAUUAAAAUGAGUAACAACAACAAUAAUGAUACAGGUGUAUCUAUAUCAGAGGAUGAUGAACAUUUUCAGGAUGCACAUGAUGGUGUUGUUCCGAAAGAGAAGAAGGGUUGGUUUGGUAAGAGCGUGAAGAAAUCGUCGAAAAUGGGCAGAGAGAAGUCCUCUAGUGAUUAUCGGAGAAUAUCGUCUGAAGUUUCCUCCAGGGGGGAGGAAUCUGUGGAUGUUAAAAGGGGAAAGGAGAAAAAUGGGAAGAAGAAAAUGAAGAAAGCAGCAGCAGGAACUACUACUACUACUAAUACAACAGGUGCAGGUGGAAGUGAGAUUAAAACUGAGAGUGAAUACAAAAAGGGGUUAAGACCUGUACUAUGGUUGACACCAGAUUUUCCUCUUAAAAUAGAGGAGUUGUUGCCCUUGCUUGACAUUUUAGCCAACAAAGUUAAAGCAAUUAGGAGAUUAAGGGAGCUUCUUACCACCAAACUACCUCAAGGAACUUUUCCAGUCAAGGUUGCUAUUCCAGUUGUCCCAACCAUUAGAGUUCUUGUGACCUUCACAAAGUUUGAAGAACAGGAAGUUGUUCAACAAGUAGAAGAGUUUGCAACGCCACCAACAAGUCCAAUUCAAUACGAAGAUGCCAAGACCAAACAAGAACCGGUUGAGGGUUCUUCAACUUCAACCUCGUGGAUGUCAUGGGUGAGAGGAAACAACAACAACAAAGGCGGUGGCGGUGGCGAAGAUGGUGGAAGUUUCAAAGAAGAUGUUUUUGUUGUUGAUGAUGAUCCUUUCAACAUACCAUCAGACUAUGUUUGGAUUGAUGCUAAUGAAAAGAAAAGAAGAUUGAAAGCAAAGAGAGCCAAGAACAGAAGACAACAACAAAAUAGGAAACAACAACAUCAAACAUCCAAAAACAACAACAAUGCAGCGGAAGAAGUUCGUCAUAAAGGAGGGGAAGAAGAUUCGGAAGAACACCAUCACCAACACCAACAUCGUGUUUAAGGUUUAUGACCACCGCGUGAAUAGUAAAUUUAAAAAAUGUUAUUAUUUAAGGUGUGGAAAUAUUAUUAGGAAGGCGAAUCUUGUUCCUUUGAAUAUUUUCAUUUUCAAUAGUUGCAAUAGCAGAAGGUGAAUGUGUUUCAUUUUUAGGGUUGCCAUUGA